AUGUCCACAAACAAAGAAGAGCGCGAUCUCAAGCGCGCCGACGACUACCUCAACCGCACCAACGAACCGGAGCCCGGCCAGGUGACCGGCCCAGGUGCCCACUUCAACGAUACAUUCGAUCCUGCUCUGAGGAAGAAUGCCCCAGCUGCUGCGUCUGGGGCCGGUGCGCAGAAGAGUGCGCAGGAGAAGUUGGCGAAUACGGACUCGACAAUGACGACGGCACAGUUACAGGCUGCGGCGAAGGAGGGAGAUCCGAAUGGAUUGUUGGGCAGGAAGGUCAACCACUAG